AUGAUUGUCGCCGCUGCUGCCUAUUUGGUAGUACCUUGGCUAAUUAAGAAUGUAGUAGACCAAGUAUUAGAUGAAAAGAAUAUGUUUAUGUUGAACCUUAUUGUAGGUGCUAUUAUACUGAUUUUCCUAAUUCGUGGCUUUGCUACCUAUGGUCAAACCUAUAAUAUGUCCUACAUCGGACAGCGCGUGAUUAUCGAUGUACGUGAGGCUAUUUUUAAUCACUUACAAAGAUUAAGCUUAUCCUAUUUUGAUCGUCGUAAGACGGGCGUUAUCAUGAGUAAUCUUACAAAUGACGUAGCUGCACUGCAAACGGCUGUGGUAGAUAACUUGAUUUCUUUUAUUACGGAAUCUGUAACACUUAUUGGUUCCUUGGUAUCCAUGCUUCUCAUUGACUGGAAACUGACGUUAGUUACUUUUAUUACGGUUCCCGUAGUCUUAGUGAUUAUUAAUGUUUUUGGUAAAAAGCUUAGAGUGGCAGGGCACGAUGUUCAAGGGCGUAUAGCCGAUAUUACGGCACUUUUGCAAGAAGUAAUCAGUGCAGUUCGCGUUGUAAAGUCCUUCGCUCGUGAAGAUUUUGAGCGCAAGCGCUUUGAAGAUGAAAACGACCGCAACUUUAAGGCGGUCAUUAAAGCUACUAAAUUAACUAGUUUGUUAAGCCCAAUGGUUGAGCUUUCUGCGGCAAUUGCUGUAGCGGUCAUCCUUUGGUACGGUGGUUACUCCGUAGCUGGUGAAAGUGUAGCCCUCGUUGGCCCCUCCGGUGCAGGUAAGACAACUCUCGCUAACCUACUACCUCGUUUCUAUGAUGUAACAGGUGGUUCUAUUGCAAUAGAUGGUUAUAACGUGAAAGAUGUUACUUUUAAAUCCUUGCGUGAACAAAUUGGUCUUGUACCACAAGAAACCGUUUUAUUCAAUGCUACUAUCAAAGAGAACAUCUUGUAUGGUCGUUUAGAUGCCUCCGAUGAAGAAGUAUAUGAAGCGGCUAAAGCGGCUAACGUACUUGAGUUCGUUGAGAAGAUGCCUGAUGGUCUUGAUACGAUUGUAGGUGAACGAGGUAGUUCGCUAUCUGGUGGUCAACGUCAACGCAUUGCUAUCGCACGUGCUAUUUUAAAAGAUCCUCGAAUUCUAAUUCUAGAUGAAGCUACAUCUGCUUUAGAUACUGAGAGUGAAAAGCUUGUACAAGAGGCGUUAGAUCGUCUCAUGAAAGGGAGUACUCUGCGUUGA